AUGAAUACUAGUAUUGGUGAAGCUGUUAUUUUUAGUAAAUUAAAUGGCUAUAGUAAAAGUGGUGAAGCAUUCAAUACGAGUUCGAUUAUAUUUAUUGAUACAAGUGAAUAUAUUGAUUAUUUUGAAGUAUUUAAAUCUAAAUCAUUUAUUAGUAAAGUAUUAGAUACAGGUCAUUUCAAAGGUCUUGGUAAAAUGUUAGAUAAUUAUAUCGAAGCUCGAUUGAGAUCAAAAUUAAAUAUGUCGUUGUCAAUGUCUGAUAAUAUUAAAAAUAAUGGUUAUCAUUAUCCUGAUUUAUAUUCAAAUGAAAAUAAUGAUUUUGUUAUAACUGGUGUUAGUGGUCGAUUUCCAGAAGCAAAUUCUAUUGAUGAAUUUGCUUAUAAUCUUUUUAAUGGUAUUGAUAUGGUUACAGCUGAUGAUCGUCGUUGGCCACAAGGUCAAUAUGGUCUUCCAACACGUAAUGGAAAAUUAAAAGAAAUUGAUC